AUGAAGACCUGUAGAUUCAACGCCGACGGCACCAGUUGCAUCGUGACCGGUAGCACCCAAAAAUUGACACGGAAGACUGUGGUAGUCAGCGGAUCCUACGCCAUCGGAUGUUGUUCGUAUUCGGAAGUUGACGAGGAGCUGGACUACGUCUGCAGAAUGGCCAAACAAUGGAUUGCAAAGUGGAGAAACCCGUUUGCAACUGUGAGUUGGAUUCACCUUGUUUUUGUAAGAUGUCAUCCGUUUGAACGUGCAGCCUACUACGAUGCGAUCAACCGGGCCUACGAGGGCGAUCAUGGGACUAUGGUCGACUGUAUAUUGGAAGGCAUGCAAGAAACACUCGCGUUGGUGGAGGAUCUAUAG